GCAGUGUAUUCACUGAGGAUUCUGUCUGCUUGCCACGGCAGCUCUGUAUCUAGAGGAGUUCUGCUGUUUCUUGUUUGGGAGUUCCCAGCUCUGAGGUCAGACUCCACCACAGUCUGCCUGCCUUUUGUCUCAUCAUUGCCAGCCAGCAGUAAUCCUGGUCGGAAUGGAACCGCAUACCUCUAUCUAAUUACUAUGGAAGGUGAUAAACCAACACUCACUUAUUGAAGUUACAUCUCUCCCCCCCCGCCCCUGCAGAAAACCAUUCCUCAAAGUGAAUAGAAACCAAGCCCUCGUGAGCACUUCUAUUGAACAUGACUCAUGGAGAAGAGCUUGGCUCUGAUGUGCACCAGGAUUCUGUUGUUCUAACUUACCUAGAAGGAUUACUAAUGCAUCAGGCAGCAGAGGGGUCAGGUACUGCCGUCGACAAAGCGUCUGCCGGGCGUAAUGAAGACGAUCAGAACUUUAACAUUUCUGGUAGCGCGUUUCCCACCUGUCAGCGUGAUGGUCCAGUUCUCAGCACGCACACGUAUCAGGGAUCUGGCAUGCUGCACCUCAAAAAAGCCAGACUCUUGCAGUCUUCUGAGGACUGGAACGCAGCAAAGCGGAAGAGGCUGUCUGAUUCCAUCGUAAAUUUAAACGUAAAGAAGGAGGCUCUGCUGGCUGGCAUGGCUGACAGUGCGCCUAAAGGCAAGCAGGACAGCAAGGUACUGGCCUCUCUGCUUCAGUCGUUCAGCUCCAGGCUGCAGACUGUUGCCCUGUCACAACAAAUUAGGCAGAGCCUUAAGGAGCAAGGAUAUGCCCUGAGUCAUAAUUCUUUAAAAGUGGAGAAAGAUUUAAGGUGCUAUGGGGUUGCAUCGAGUCACUUAAAAACUCUGUUGAAGAAAAGCAAAGCUAAAGAUCAAAAGCCCGAUACCAGUGUCCCUGAUGUCACGAAAACCCUCAUCAGAGAUCGGUUCAUAGAGUCACCUCAUCACGUUGGGCAGAGCGGAACAAAGGUCAUGAGCGAACCCUUGUCUUGUGCUGCAAGAUUACAGGCUGUCGCAAGCAUGGUGGAGAAAAGGGCUAGUCCUGCCACUUCACCCAAACCCAGUGUUGCUUGUAGCCAACUAGCACUUCUUCUCUCCAGCGAAGCCCAUUUACAGCAGUAUUCUCGAGAACAUGCUUUAAAAACACAAAAUGCAAACCAGGCAGCAAGCGAAAGACUUGCUGCCAUGGCCAGAUUACAAGAAAAUGGCCAGAAGGACAUGGGCAGUUUCCAGCUCUCCAAAGGCAUGUCAGGCCAUCUUAAUGGUCAGGCAAGAACAUCAGCAAACAAAGUAAUGGCUAGCAAAAGUACAGCGUUUCAGAAUCCAAUGGGUAUUGUCCCUUCUUCCCCCAAAAAUGCAGGCUAUAAGAACUCCCUGGAAAGAAACAAUAUAAAACAGGCUGCUAAUAACAGUUUGCUUUUACAUCUUCUUAAAAGCCAGACCAUACCCAAGCCGAUGAACGGACACAGUCACAGUGAGAGAGGAAGCAUUUUUGAGGAGGGCAGCACCCCUACAACUAUUGAUGACUACUCAGAUCACAAUCCCAGCUUUACCGAUGAGAGCAGUGGUGAUGAAAGUUCUUACUCCAACUGUGUCCCCAUAGACUUGUCUUGCAAACACCGGAUAGAAAAACCCGAACCCGACCAGCCUGUUUCUCUGGAUAACUUAACUCAGUCCUUGCUCAACACGUGGGAUCCAAAAGUCCCCGAAGUUGACGUCAAAGAAGAUCAAGAUACCUCAAAGAAUUCUAAGCUAAAUCCGCACCAGAAGGUCACCCUUCUUCAGUUGCUGCUUGGCCACAAGAAUGAAGAAAACGUGGAAAGAAACAGCAGCCCUCAGGAAGCACACAGCGAUGAGGCAAAGUUCAGCACACAGAAUUACACGCGCACGUCUGUAAUAGAAAGCCCCAGCACCAACAGGACUACUCCCGUGAGCACUCCACCGUUACUUGCAUCCACCAAAGCCGACUCUCCCAUCAACCUUUCCCAACACUCUGUGGUCAUCAAAUGGAAUUCCCCACCAUAUACCUGCGGCCCCCAGCCUGAAAAGCCAGCGAAUACCGCCUCAAACCACCUGAUGGACCUUACAAAAAGCAAAGAAUCGCAGGGGGAGAAAGCCAUCCAACAUGAAGGUGCACAAAACUCGGCCACUUUCAGUGCCAGUAAACUGUUACAAAAUUUAGCCCAAUGUGGAAUGCAGUCCUCCGUGUCAGGGGAAGAGCAGAGACCCAGUAAACAGCUGCUGGGUGUGAACACAGAAAAACCUGCAGGUAUGAUUGACAGACUGAACAGCCCUCUGCUAGCCAAUAAAACCAGUGCAGCUGAAGAGAAGAAAGCAUUCGGCAGCCACACAAUCGGUCCUGAACCAGGACUCUCUGGGUCUGAAAUAGAAAAUCUGCUUGAAAGGCGCACCGUCCUCCAGUUACUGCUGGGAAAUCCCAACAAAGGGAAGGCCGAAAAGAAAGAGAAGAUGCCCUUAAGAGAUGAGAGCACUCAGGAACAUACAGAUAGAGCUUUAAGUGAACAAAUACUGAUGGUGAAAAUAAAAUCUGAGCCUUGCGAUGACUUACAUCCGCAUGCCACGGGCAUGCACUUGAGCCACGAGGCUCCGGGCGCGCCCUUCUUAGGGAUGGCCCCUCCCGUGCGGAGAAGCGCCCCUGCCUUACCAGCAUCCGAGGACUUGAAACCAGAGCCCGGCUCACCUCAGGAUUUUUCUUUCUCAAAGAACGGUCUGCUGAGUCGAUUGCUGAGACAAAAUCAAGACAGUCACCUGGCUGAUGAGCUGGACAGCAGUCACAGAAACAGUGAACUGACACUUGUAGAAUCGAGGAACCUUUGCAUGGUCCCUAAGAAAAGGAAGCUUUACACCGAGCCGUUAGAAAACCCCUUUAAAAAGAUGAAAAAUAGCAUAGUCGAUGCUGCAAACAGUCACAGUGCUCCGGAGGUGCUCUAUGGGUCCUUGCUUAACCAGCAAGAGCUGAAACUUAGCAGAAGUGAUCUUGAGUUUAAGCAUCCUGCCAGUCACGGUUCGGCCAGCGAAAGUGAGCCCAGGAAUUGGACCAGAGAGAGCAAAAGCUUCAACGUCCUGAAACAGCUGCUCCUCUCAGAAAACUGCGUGAGAGAUUUGUCUCAGCACAGGAGUAACUCUGUGGCUGACAGUAAGAAGAAAGGCCACAGAAACAAUGCGACCAACAGCAAGCCUGAAUUCAGCAUUGCUUCUCUAAAUGGACUGAUGUACGGUGCCGCCCAGCCCGGCGGUUGCAUGGACAACAGGACAUUUCCAUACCCAGGUGUCGGCAAGGCCCCCCUGAGCCCUCCUUUCCCGGAGCACUUGGGCUGCACAGGGUCUAGACCAGAAGCUGGGCUUGUGAAUGGGUGUUCCAUGCCCAGUGAGAAGGGACCCAUUAAGUGGGUUAUCACAGAUGUGGACAAGAAUGAGUAUGAGAAAGACUCUCCGAGACUGACCAAAACCAACCCAAUACUCUAUUACAUGCUCCAGAAAGGAGGCAACUCUGUUACCAGUCGAGAAACACAGGACAGGGACAUUUGGAGGGAGCCUUCAUCUGCUGAAAGUAUCUCACAGGUUACAAUCAAAGAAGAGUUACUUCCUGCUGCAGAAACUAAAGCUUCUUUCUUUAAUUUAAGGAGCACUUAUAAUAGCCAUAUGGGAAAUAAUGCUUCUCACCCGCACAGCGCAAAUGGAGAAGUUUAUGGACUUCUGGGAAACAUGCUAACAAUAAAAAAGGAAUCAGAAUAAAAUGGACCUGCCAUCCACCUUUGGAUCUUUUUAAAACUAACGAAUAUGAACUUGAGAUCUGUAUAAAUAAGCGCAUGAUUUGAGAAAAGCAUGGUAUAAUUGAAACUUUUUCGUUUUGAAAAGUAUUGGUUGAUGGUGAUGUUUAAAUAUGCAGACUACUUUUUGCUUCAUGUUAAAUGUCAUGAGGAAGCUGCCGAACUAGCCAUUGGUUUGACACCUUCUGUAUGCAUCAGACAACAACUGUGAGUAGCCCAUGAGCGAUAAUUCUGUUUUUGAUCACAGGUAAUAGGCAUAAAUAUAAUUCUCCAUCCAGCAGAUUAAUGCAUUGCUGCCUUUAUUAGGGUACUUGAUUUUGCUUUUCAGAAGCAACCUACAUAACACAUUUUUUAAAGUCCACAUUAUUAAAUAAUAACUCUUUAAAGGGUAAUUGAAUUUAAAAAACCUAGUGCUGUUUCAUUUCUCAUUCAGUUCCAAAACAAAUUAGAAAAAUAUAUGCUUACAUUUUUCACUUUUGCUAAAAAAAAAAAUUAUUUUUGACUCUUGAAAGGGGUUUUGUGAUUCCUCAAUGUGUCUGCCCUUCCCCAAUCCUUUUCAAUAUUCUGUAUCUCUUUAAACCUUGUACUACUUGGUAAAAAUUGAUUACAAUUGGUGGAAGUUUGAUAGAUCUUAAAAAAUGGCAGAUUUCCAUUUUUGUAUUUUAACUACUUUACUAAAUUAAUAUUCCUCCUUUUACAGAAUUAGGAAAGUUAACAUUUAUCUUCAGGUGGUUUCCUAAAUAACUGAAAUAAGUUGUUUUUAACAAGCAAAAUGGCUUUUCUUUGGACAGUUUUCACCAUGUCUUGUAAAAGCCACUUCUCACCAUCUCUGUGGUACCUGUGAGUCUGACGACCAGGGUUUCUUAAAGCUGGACUCAGACUACCUGCAUUAGCAUCGUCCAGAGCACUUGCUUUAAAACGCAGAUUCCCAGGCAGCAUCUCCGAUCUACCAAACAAGAAUUCUCUGCUGAGUGGACCUGGGAGUCUUCCUUCUGCAUCUUAAUACACUCCCUAGGGGUUUCUUCUGCACACUGAAAUUUGGAUUUUGAAAAUUGAAACCACUGCUUACGACUUUUCUCAGAAAACAGGAUUGUAAACAAACUAUUUGAUGCCUAUAUUUUCCCCAAUGUAGUCACACGUCAACUCAAAAUUUGCAAUAUUGUACUUCAUAUUAUUACUGUUAUAUCUUUGGAAAUCGGGUUCCGAAUACUUUUUAUGACAAAAAAAAAAAAAAUCGGGUGGAGGGGACAACUUUCAUAUCUGGCUCAACAUCUCAGGAAAAAUAUGUGAUUACUUGUGUGUUCCAAUGAGUAACAUCUACUUAAUUAGCCUUAGGGAUGGAAUAACAGGGCCACUUACCAAACUCAGGUGAUUCCAGGAUGGUUUGGCAACUCCUCCUGAAUACAUCCUUAACUUCUGUGAAAACCAUUGUCCUAAGAACAGUGCUGGCAAAGAUGAAAACACAUUUCACACCCAAGAAAGGCACUAAACUCAGAUUGCUUAAACAAAAACGUAAAGGGCAUAUAUACAUGGCAGAGUUGUACACAGUCACUCCAUCUGAUCUGUUAUUUUAAAAUAGUGAUUAAAAGGAAACAUUGAUGUUUUCUUGGAAGAAUUUAAUAUAUUAUUGAGCCACAUGGGGUUUCUGUCUUGAAACACAUCCAUGUUUUUCAGUUCAUUUUUUACCAUCCACAGUUCAUUCACCAGAUAGAUUUGGUUUUAAUUGUGAACCCAGGUAGCAACUGACCUACCAAAAAACUGUUAUAUAAUCAACUAUUAAUUAGAAGAAAAUCUAUUUGAAAUUGUUCUACUUGAAGUUGUUUCUAAGAUUUUUAUAUUAAAAAUGGGCGUUAUUUCCUAAUAUGAUCUAAAACCCUAAAUGAUUAUUUUUUUCUCAGAAUGAUUUGUAAAUAGUUACUGAAUAUAUUAAAAAAAUAAUAGGAGUGAAUAUUAUGCCAUGUCAUGAAAAUUUCACUGGCCAGUGAAGAUAUUCAACUGCAUCCCAUCUUUAUUCUCUGACAGUCUUACUGUCUACACUGUAUAAGCUUUUAAAACAAGUCAUUUUUUUUCUGAAAGUUCUGGAGCCUUAGAAGUAUGCUAGAAAAACUGCCAUUGUUCCCCCUUGGUUAGGGGAAAAUGGGCUUUUACAAGGGAGUGAAAUUUAGAUCAGGAAAAAGAUCAAGGGCCAACACUGUAUUUUUUUUUGUUUCCUUCCUUUGGUUGGUUGGUUGUUUUUUGGUGGUGGUUAUUGUCAGCAGUCAAAGAAAUGAAGAUUAUGUCGUAUAUAGAUAAACCCGACCAAGAAGAAGGCUGUUCUGAUAUACUAGAGAGUGUCCCCAAUUUGAGUUUAGUACUGUCUUAAAGAAGAGUGGUGAGAAAGGGCACACAUCCCUAAAUGCACUUCGUUUAUGCAUAUGUAGAUACAAGGAUGCACAUACACACAUUUUCAAGGACUAUUUUAGAAAUCUAGACACUUUCUUCUUAACAAAGUCACUUGUGAAAGGGCACCACAGCUCUCGUUGACAUCAGAAAGGUAGCAUUACCUGUUUGCUCUCUGCUGCGUCUUACAGAAGAGUAAACUGGUGAGAGUAUAUAUUUUAUAUAUAUAUAUAUAUAUAAUAUGUAUAUAUAUAUAUAUUGACUUGUUACAUGAAGAUGUUAAAAUUGGUUUUUAAAGGUGAUGUAAAUAGUGAUUUCCUUAAUGAAAAAAUACAUAUUUUGUAUUGUUCUAAUACAGCAGAAAAGCCUUUUAAUCUCUUUGGUUUCUGUAUAUUCCAUGUACAAGUGUAAAUAUAAUCGGACAGGUUUAAAAAUUGUGCAUGUAUGUAUACAGUUGCAAGUCUGGACAAAUGUAUAGAAUAAGCCUUUUAUUUAAGUUGUGAUUACCUGCUGCAUGAAAAGUGCAUGGGGGACCCUGUGCAUCUGUGCAUUUGGUAAAAAUGUCUUAACAAGUCAGAUCAGAUGUUCAUCCCAACAUAACAGUAUCCCAUUUCUGGACACGACUUCUGUGGUUUAAGCUUUGUGGAAGAAUGCUUUGAAUCCAAGGGUCUUAAAACUUUUUAAAUCAAGUCAACCACUUUUCAAACUAAAGAGUUCACACAACUACUUUCAUGAAUUUUUUAAUCCCAUUGGAAACAUGUGCCAGGAGUUUUCCAAGGUUCUGGAAUACAGGCACACUACCGUUCCUGGUAUGAAUUCUGGGGUUUACACAACCAAUUUUGAUGCAAUCUGCUCAGUAAUAUAAUUUGUCAUUUUUAUUAGAAAUUUAAUUUCUUCAUGUGAUGUCAUGAAAUUGUACAUACUGCAGUGUGAAUUUUUUUGUUUUGUUUUUUAAUCUUUUAGUGUUUACUUCCUGCAGUGACUUUGAAUAAAUGAAGGAAAAAAUUCAUUGUCUCUGGUUUGAAAUGAUUGUUAUUUUUUUGGGCUCUCUCUGAUUUUCAGAUUUUUCAUAAACAUAAAAAGUCUCUGGUCAAGAGAAUAGCAAGUCUUCAAGAAUGCUUUGCCAUCCUUGGAAAAAUAAAGGAAAAAAAAAAAAAGAAGAUGGCCCUGGAGUUAGUGUAUCCAGAGACAGGGCAUGGAGGCACAGCUCAGAAAGACCAUCAGCUUAUAGCCUGGCCUACCCACCCUUGGUUCUGCUGUUUAGUGUGUAACUGGAUGGUCAUCAUGGAUUUUUAAAGUGGGAAAAACUUUGUACAGUGUUCAAAAAUAAAGUUGAUUUGAUACAAA